AUGGUGGCUCAUUUCAGCUUUAUAGAGGCUCAUAGAAAUCUUGUAACAGGGUUGUACAAGAGGAUCCAAACUCAGUUGAAGAAUGUGGAUUUGGAAAGAUCAUUGAAGAGAGAUAUGGUUGAUAAAGUACGACAUGAAUUUAAAAUUGGUAAAAGUUAUCUUUCAUCUGAAAAAGCUCAAAAAAGUUUGAUUAAUGCUGUUAAAUUUGAACAUAAUCUAAAGAAGUUUUGUUUGCUUGGGGAUCUUGAACUUUUGGAACCAUUGAAAUCUUCAACAUCUUUAGAAAAAUUUCGAUUACAUUCUAACACUAAUAGAGAGAAACAAUUAAAUCCUAAAUUACAUAAAAAUAUAAGAAAUCUUGAACCACUUGAAGAGCAACAAACUAAAAAUUAUAUCACAUCAUUCAUUAGAUACAAGCAUAAAUAUGGUAAAUUACCAUUACCAAAAGAUAUUGAUCCAAUAAUGAAAGAAGAAUUAAUUAAACCUUUAGCAUUAUUUAAAAGAGCAGAAUUUAAUAUUAAAAUUGCAGAACAAAAAAUUGCUAGAGGUCCAUAUAAUAUUAGAAAAACGUUGCAUAAUGAUACUACAUUUUUAAGAACUCCAUGGAAACAAAGUCAUUCUUUACAUAAGGUAACUUUAUCAGCUGUUAGAGCAGAACAAGCAUAUCAAGAUAUGAGACAUUUAUCAACAAACCCUGUGGAACAAGCAUUAUAUGAAAUGGAAGGUGAUUGGGAAAAAUUAUAUGGUGGUGAUGAUAAACCAUGGAAACAAUCUUUGAAAACAAUUGCAAAUGAUCAAUUUAAGAUUGUUCAAUCGAAUAGAUUAUAUUUUAAAGAAUUUGAAAAUUUUGUAUUACCAAUAAAGAUGAAACAAUAUCAGGAAAUUUCAAAUCAGAAACAUUAUAAAUUUAGAGAUCGUUAUUUAGAAAUGGUUGAAAAAGUUCAAGAAAGUAAUGCAUAUGAUGAAUUAUUAUCAAAAGAAACAUUACCAAGUAUUGUUAAAAGAUAUCGUAUGGAAACUAGAAAAUUGAAACAUAAAAAUACAUAG